CGCCGCCUCGUCCUGCCCCUCGACGACUGCUUACGGCACGGUUAUGAAAAGACGAGCUUUCGGUUCGCAUUAACAGUAAGACUUGCAGCUUCGCUCGAAAACCGCGUCUUAUUGAUACCCGAUAUAUCGCCAGCGUAAAAAGCGCUCAUUCCUGCGCGCUUGAGCUUUCGUGUGCUGACAGGAGGAAGAUUCCCAACUGAGAGAUUUAAUGAUGACAACAUCAUGGAGCGAUCGACUUCAGGACUAUGCAGAUCUCCCCGCAAACAUGGAUGGCCUGGCGAUGAAGAAAUACAGGAGAGAGGCCUAUCACAGAGUGUUUGUAAACAGAAGUCUGGCCAUGGAAAAGAUUAAAUGCUUCGGCUUUGACAUGGACUACACUUUAGCAGUAUACAAAUCACCUGAAUAUGAAUCUUUGGGCUUUGAUCUGACUGUGGAGCGGCUGGUCUCCAUUGGCUACCCGCAGGAACUGCUCGGAUUUGUUUAUGACCCCACUUUCCCCACAAGAGGUCUGGUGUUUGAUACCAUGUAUGGCAACCUCCUGAAGGUAGAUGCUUAUGGAAACAUCCUGGUCUGCGUGCACGGCUUUAACUUCCUGCGAGGCCCUGACACCCGAGAGCUCUAUCCCAACAAGUUCAUCCAGCGUGAUGACACAGAACGCUUCUACAUCCUCAACACACUCUUUAACCUUCCAGAAACAUACCUUUUAGCCUGCCUGGUUGACUUCUUCUCAAACUGUGACCGAUAUUCAAGGGGGAGAGAGCUUUCCUGUUUGGCUCGGACAACCUCAAACAAGGGAAGACUCUGUGAAACGGGCUUUAAGGAUGGAGACCUCUUCAUGUCCUUCAAGAGCAUGUUCCAAGAUGUCCGAGACGCUGUAGACUGGGUACAUUUCAAGGGAACGCUGAAGGAGAAAACAGUGGAAAACCUGGAGAAGUAUGUUGUGAAAGAUGGCAAGUUGCCAUUGCUGCUGAGCCGCAUGAAUGAAGUCGCUAAAGUUUUCUUAGCCACCAACAGCGACUACAAAUACACAGAUAAAAUUAUGACGUACCUGUUUGACUUCCCCCAUGGCCCGAAGCAUGGCACGCCACACCGUCCUUGGCAGUCGUACUUCGACCUCAUCUUAGUGGAUGCUCGAAAGCCUUUAUUUUUUGGAGAGGGAACUGUUCUAAGACAGGUGGAUACGACUACAGGGCGGCUGAAAAUAGGAACAUACACUGGGCCGUUACAACAUGGCAUUGUUUACUCUGGAGGUUCUUCUGACAUUGUGUGUGACCUGCUUGGAGCGAAAGGAAAGGAUAUUGUGUACAUUGGAGAUCACAUUUUUGGAGAUAUUCUCAAGUCCAAGAAGCGUCAGGGUUGGCGGACGUUCCUGGUGAUUCCCGAAUUGGCUCAGGAGCUGCAUGUGUGGACAGACAAAAGCUCUCUGUUCGAGGAACUGCAGGGCUUGGACAUUUUCUUGGCAGAACUGUACAAGCAUUUGGACAGCAGCAGCAAUGAGAGGCCAGAUAUCAGCGCCAUCCAGAGAAGAAUGAAGAAAGUGACUCAUGACAUGGACAUGUGCUACGGGAUGAUGGGAAGUCUGUUCCGCAGCGGCUCUCGGCAGACUCUGUUUGCGUCUCAGGUGAUGCGUUACGCUGACCUGUAUGCCGCCUCAUUCAUCAACCUGCUCUACUACCCCUUCAGCUACCUGUUCAGAGCCGCUCACGUGCUGAUGCCCCAUGAGUCCACGGUGGAGCACACUCACGUAGACACCGAGACCGAGUCUCCUCUGGCCACACGCAACCGCCACUGUGUGGACUGCAAGGACAUCGACUGUAAAAGAAACCAGCUCACGCGCUCCAUCAGCGAAAUCAAACCGCCCCACCUGUUCGCCCAGCCGCCACAGGAAAUCACACACUGCCACGACGAGGACGACGAUGAGGAGGAGGAGGAGGAAGAGGAGGAGGAGGAGUAGAUGUUAUUGACCUAUUCUGGGGUAAAGAUCUGUAGGGCGGUAGAGUGGAUGUGAGGUGGAUGUAUGAAGUAGACUGUAAUUGCCGAAGCUUCAGUUCGCCCCAAACUGACAGUUUCCUCUCAAUACUAAUACAUUAGUUUGUUUUUCAAAUUUGAAUUGUUCAUCAGCCGCUAUAAACGCCAUCCAAUGGAAACACAGUUGAAGAGAUGCUUACUUUACUGUGAACUGAAAGUUUACAUGCACCAUACGGGGGGGGUUAUUGGAUCCUUACAGAUACACGUUAUAGUUAUAUUUUACUAUUGCUUUAUGGUUUUUAACAGUAACUUUUUCAAGUAGCCAGUCCUUUCACUCUGAUUAGCUUGGUUACUACCUCCUGCAAAGACUGUUCCUUUUAAACAAAAAAAAAAACCUCUGUGCGUGUGUGGUAAAGUUGAGCAUGUUGGCGGGGCGUUUGUGUUGAAGUCCUGCGUGUGUUGAGAAUCUGAAUGAAGCACAGAAAACCGAAGCGCGGUUAAUUGUGGCGUGUGUGUAUGGACGUUGCAGCCAACACGAGAAUCCAGUUACUUGGCAACAGCACGCAGCUGCUUUUUUUUCUUCUUUUUCUUUUCAGAGGUUUGUUGUUAACCUCUUGGUUUUCAUCUUUUUUUUAAUGCGGACGUUUUUGUUUAGCGUUAAUGCUACAGAGUAGCGAACGGACGCCUCGUGUUUUAGGGGCGCAAAAUGAGUCCGGACACACACAGAGGCGUCAUAUCAGUACCUGCUUCUAAUUUUGGCAACGAUGUCACAUUGAACAAUGACAUACUGUAUUUUUAUACUCUUAUAUAAGCUAAACAGAACGCUCUAGUUUUGUCUCAAACAUUAUGUGCCAUCGUUAUCUGCCUCGCAUACGAAAACUAUUCAAAUAUCAAACAGUAAGUGACCUUUAUAUGCAAAAAAACAAAAGAAAUAUUUAUAAAACUGUCUUUUAUCACUCGAAAAGUCACGAUGAAGUAAACGGCUGGACUUUGUGAAAAUGAUAGGAUGAGAAAAUAAAAAGUGCUGUUGCUCUGGUGAAUGUCUGUUAUGGAAAUUAAUGUAGUCCUGGGUGAUGUUUGAACUGUUGAUGGUUUACUCUCAUGUGGACCAAACGGCGUUGAGAAAGUGUAUUCGGUUUAGCUUCAAGGGUCCCAUUAGAGACUUUUAGGUGUCUCCACAGCAAGUAUGUGGAGUUUUUAAAGAAAAAAAGUAUAAUGGCAGGUUGAUGUUUAGAGAGGAAGUGUUUCAGGUGCAUGAAACGUGUAGAUUAGGAAGGUUAGUGUGACUUUUAUAUGCAUUACUCAAAGAUAGUAUGUAGGAUGUGAUUAAAUGAAGCUAUCCAAUCCAUAGUUUAAUGUCCAUUACUCGUAUGCAUAUAACUGUAUGAUGUUCUUUAUUUUUCUGACUGUCAGUUUUUUUUAAAAGGGAAGACCAGGUAGGUCUAAACUAUAAUGGUUUCUGGUAAGGCCCAUGAAUAGGUUUCUAGGUUUUCGAAUAUUUGUUUCCAAGCAAUGAGGAAAGAGAUAUUUUUAAGCAUACAGCGUAUACUUUAUGUCGGUUUUUGGCUUAAAAACAACUGGACAUCCUAAAACGGGGCAAUUCUUUCAAAAUAUACUCGUUCUUGGUUCUCUAGAGAACACAGUAUAGAGAAAGUGGUUUUUUUAUGUCCAGUAUCUCUCUUUCCUCUGUUUUCAUUAACCUUUUUUUUUUAUAUAAAAACUCAUUGUUGUGGGUGUGUGUAUAUAUACAUAAAACAGCCAGCUCCCUAAACAUGGACUAAAACUAGUCCUGGGCUAAUUUGCACUAGUGUCAGCAGUUGUCCUUUUUAGUUGUCUAUGCAAGGGAAACUGGCUUAGAUUAUAUUGAAAAAUAAUAUAAUAGAAAAUGCAUUGAGUUUAAACAGUAUUCGUCCAGCUUUCCCAGUAGUGUGGAAAUAGAUACCUAGAUACCGGUGAAGAUCUCAUCCAUAUGGUCAUAGGUAGCAUUGCAUAUAUCUCUGUUUGAACCAGUGUUUUAAUAUUAUAUUUUGGCAUAGUUUACAGUAUACAGUAGUAGCGUGUUAAAUGUGCCAAUAACUUACUAAUAUACUUAGUAUUUGUUCCUUUCUGUUUUUUUUUUUGUUUUUUUUACCUUUUUUCUAAUUUCAGAUUUUUUUGUUUUUGGUUCAUGUUUAAUACAAACUAUAUUUUUUGUGACUAUUAGUUUUCAGUUUAGCAAAAAAGGAAAAGGUGCAAAACUGUUCCGUCUGUAAAAGACAUCUAGCAAAAUAGACGUGGCAUUUAUUAAUCCGAUUGUUUUGUUUUGUUUUGUUUUGUUUUGUUUUGUUUUGUUUGUUUGUUUGUUUGUUUAGGGCAUGCGAUUUCAUGUCUUCGGUUUCAUUGUUCCCUGAAUUAUGAUAGCUUCUGAUUUAUAGAGUUCCAAACUUAUACAUAUGGGAAAUUGCAUUGCAAUGUCAAAUAAAAAAUAAUUUUCCAUAA